AUGAUGAUGCUGGCUCGGAUAUGCGCUGCGGGUGCAGCUCUCGCACAGCUAGUCCACGGCAAGAAUAGCAGCUCUGCCUACCCACUGGAGACCCAAACUUUUCAGUACAAGUACAGUUCGGUUGCGAUUACCGGUGGCGGGUUCAUCACGGGAAUCAUCGCGCACCCGAAGGAGCAGGCUCUCAUGUACGCGAGAACAGAUAUCGGGAGUUCGUACCGAUGGGACGGGCUGCAAGAUCAAUGGGUUCCGCUCACGGACUUCAUCAGCGAGGCCGACGUCAACUAUCUAGGGACCGAGACGUUCGCCCUCGACCCCACCGAUCCGGAUCGUCUGUACCUGGCGCAGGGACAGUACACCAACCAGAACAACUCGGCCUUCUUCGUGUCGGCUGACCGAGGCGCAACCUUCGAGAUCUACCCGGCGCCGUUCCCCAUGGGGGCGAACGAGCUGGGACGUAACAACGGCGAGAGGCUGGCCGUCAACCCCUUCAACCCCAGCGAGCUCUACAUGGGCACGCGCACCCAGGGACUGUGGAAGUCGACUGAUCAAGCGGCGACCUGGACGAAUAUCACCAACUACCCCGAUGCGUCCGCGAACGGCAUCGGGAUCGUGUUCGUCCUGUUCGACCCGCAGAACGAGGGCACCAUCUAUGCGGGAGCGACCGUCCCCAACGGCCUCUACGUGACCACUGACGGCGGCGAGACGUGGAGCUCGCUUCCAGGACAGCCACAGGACUGGGAAGGGGUCACGACUGACCCCGAACAUCCACCUGCAAGCACUGGGCCCCAGCCCAUGAAAGCCGCCUUGGCUUCCAAUGGGCUAUUGUAUGUCACGUAUGCUGACUUCCCCGGUCCGUAUGGGGUGCAGUAUGGCUCUGUGUGGAGCUACAAUACCACAUCUUCGCAGUGGACCGAUAUCACGCCCGGGGCUGGGAACUCCUCCCCUGCCCCCUUCACACCGCAGACCUUUGCGCCUGGGGGCUACUGCGGACUGAGUGUCGACGGCAAGGAUCCGAACACUCUCGUCGUAGUCUCGCUGGACCGCGAACCAGGACCAGCGCUCGAUAGCAUGUACCUCUCUCGUGAUGGGGGCGCGACGUGGAAAGACGUGACUCAGCUCUCUUCGCCGCCUGACACGGGCGGCUACUGGGGCCACCCCAUCGAACAAGCCGCCCUCAAAGACGGGACGCCGGUCCCCUGGCUCAGCUUCAACUGGCAGAAACCAUGGGGUGGCUACGGGGCUCCGUCCCCCAUCGUUGGCCUCGCCAAGUUUGGAUGGUGGAUCACGGCCGUUCUCAUUGACCCUUUCAACUCCGAUCACGUCAUGUACGGCACCGGAGCCACCAUCUGGUCUACCGACAACCUCAACCGGGUGGAGGCGGACCAGGCGCCCGACUGGUACAUCCAGGCACAGGGUAUCGAGCUGAAUGCCGUGCUGGCCAUGAUCUCCCCCACUGACGGGGCGAAUCUCUACAGUGGCCUCGGCGACAUCAGUGGCAUGCGCCACGACAACUUGUCUGUCCCGCAGCCGAUGUUCGGGUCCCCAGGCUUCUCCAAUCUCGACGGGCUGGACUGGGCAGGCAACGCGCCGAAUGUCAUCACCCGCUCGGGAGCUAGCGGCGUAUCAUAUGAAGACGGAUGUGGCAACGGCGCCUACUCGACAGACGGCGGCCUGAGCUGGGUGAAAUUCCUCACCUGUGUUCCGGGCGUGGGUACCCAGACGUGGGUCAAUGGCUUCAUCGCCGUCGACGCUUCCGGGCAGUAUUUCGUCUGGGCCUCUCGCUCCUCGGUGGCACCAGCCAACGCAAGCGGUCCCUACGCGACCAGCGAUUUUGGCAAGACCUGGACCUCGCCCCAAGGACUGGAUGUCCAGACCGGCAACCUCUGUGCCGACAAAGUGCAGCCGCAGACCUUCUAUGCCUUCGACGCCGGCGUUUGGUAUAUCAGCACAGAUGGCGGCGCAUCCUACACAUCCCGACCGGCCUCAGAGACCGGCCUGCCGGACGGGGCGGGCGCGGUACCCGUAGUCAACUUUGGCCAAGCGGGCGAGGUCUGGCUGCCUCUCGGCUCAGACGGGCUGUGGCAUACCGUAAACUUUGGCCGCACGUGGACCGCCAUGCCGGGUUCCCUUACCACGUCACAGUUCUCUGUCGGAGCUCCCGCUCCGGGAGGGACGGGGCCAGCGUUGUUCCUCUGGGGCAAAGUGGCCACGGAAGGGGCGCAGGGCCUCUACCGCUCUGAUGAUUCCGGCGAGAGCUGGGUCCGGAUUAACGAUGAUGCACACCAGUACGGAGGGCCCAAGCGGAUCGUGGCCGAUACGAGAGUUUAUGGACGGGUGUAUCUGGGGACCUUUGGCAGGGGCAUGGUUUAUGCGGAUAUCGCGGGUGAUGGGAGCGGGGUGCUGCCUGGGACUUUCGGAAUCUAG